AUGCUUGGGUCUAUGCAGACCAAGAGUGCUAAAAAGUUUAUCGACGCUGCGCUUUCUCUUAGCGAUGCAACGCAAGCGGAAAUAUUUAAUAUGAUUCAGAACCCAAUGACAAAAAUUCAAAACAAUGAAAAGGUUACUCGCGAGGAUAUAUUGGACGCCCUCAAGUUGGUUGGUCCUCCUAAUCUAACCCCUAAUAAGACCGAAAGCGACCAUUAUUUUAAUGAGGCUUCAGAUGGUGCCACAACAUUUACUACUAGUACACCAAUUAAUGUCAAGAAAAAUUCAUCGAAUUUUAAUGGGAUUAAUAACUGCUAUUCUGAGAAGGCUCCCAUCCGUCCAACUUCCCUGCAAAUUGCCAAUGAUAAUGCUUUGAUGCCACCGCCUUCAUUAACUCCAACGAAAUCCCAUCAAAAGGCGGUAACCUCAGAGAGCGAAAAGAUUUCUAUUCCUCCUGCUUCUCCUCUCACUCCUCUCAGAACCCUGGUUGAAUCCCCACAUUGGAAUAUCAAGAUGCGAUUACAUGAGGCGGAGCAACGAGUACGUGCAGCAGAAUUGCGGGCCGCUCGUGCGGAGGCAGAGCGAGAAGACGCGGAGGCCCUCUCCGUGGAGCUGCGUGAACAACUUGCACAGACUGAGAGACGGGCUCACGUCGCCGAGGUGGAGGUCUCUCGCCUGAGACGAGAUGCUCUCCAAUGGCAGGACAACAAGGACGAGCUUGUCGAGGCAAGGGCCGAACUCGUCCUCCAAGCUGAGAGGAUUAAGACGUUGGAAGAACGAUUGGUGGAAUCGCAAGCGCGUUUAAAUGAGGCGAAUAGCAACAGGAAAGACAUUGAAUACCAAUUGACUGAUAGAGAUGCCAAGAUUUUGGCUCUUCAACAGAAGGUGAAUGAGUAUAAGGGACGUGAAGCAUACCAUGUAGAAGUGGAAACAAUGCGAAGCCGUUUGAAAGAGGCAGAAGCCCGAUUAGCGGAGGAAUUACGUUUUCGUGAGGCUUUAGAACAGGAUGUUCUUAGCCAGCAGUCCGUCGUUCAACAAAUGAAGAUUGACCAGCGCAUUGCUGAGAAGCGAUCCUCACAACAAAAUGGUUACCAACAGAAUGACAAUGGUGAUCUACCAGACACGUCUUUUGAUGUGAGCAUCGCACCUAUCACUUCAAAUCAACCCAUACUUUCUCCUAACGGUGGAGAAAAUCUCGGCUCAAUCUUUCACAAGGAACUCGAAUUAGCUCUGAGUAAAAUUCAAUCACUUGAAGUUCAAUUAGAAGAAAAACGGAAAUCGGAGAACAACUUCAUGAAUGAGAGUAAUGAACUCGCCAUGCGUAAUCGGUCUCUCGAAGUUCAGCUCUCCCAAUUUCAGGAGGAAUGCAAUAAUCUGAAAAAAUUGGUGCAUAAUCAUACUGAUGAUGUAAAGGCACUUAAGAAUGCCAGGUUAGAACUUGAAGAUUUGAAGAAGUCUCUCUCUGAGAUCCAAAUGGACAAAGAAUCUCUACUUCAGCGUCUUAAACUUGUUGAAAACGAGCGUGAUGAUCUCUACGGUCGUUUGGCCUCUGCGAUGGAAGAGUUGAAGAUUUCUUCUUCUGAAGAGCAACGUAAAAAAGAAAUUGAGAAAAGCUCCGAUUUGGUGGUUGAAGAACUGCGUGACUAUGUGGCGAAGCUUCGUUUGGACCACAUUGACAUGGAAGCUGCUGUGGUGAUGGCUCAAGAAAGUCAGGCCGCUGCAGAAACAGCUCGAGAUCAUAUUCUGGAGGAUCUGGGCACACUGCAAGCCAAUCUCGCCUCUUCCUUUGAUGAUUUCUCCUCGUCGUUGUCGGCCCUUCUCGUUCCCGAAGUUGUCUCCCUUGCCAACGCUCUCUUGAACUUACUCUCACAAAAUAAGUUAGCGGAUGAGAAGACUGUUUCAGGUGCUGAGUAUGCGACUCAAACUGACACUGAAACUGCAGCACCAGUUGAUAAUCAAAUUGAAGUGUCUGUUCAGACUGACCUUCAAGAAGUGGCUAUUGAAUCUCCGAUUGUGAUAGAACAGGUCGGCGGUAGUGAGAAGGACCUGGUUCAAACUCAUUCAAUCUCUAUGAACGAGGAGGAAAUUACUCAGUUGAAACUGUGCCUCAUGGAGGAGAGAUAUCGCGAGGAGCGAGCGUUGAGUGCUCGAGCUCAUCAUCUCUGCGAGUUGAACGAGAAGGAGGCGCGUCGAUUCCACGCCAUUGGAGAGCGUUAUCGCUCUGCCAUCACUGCCUUCCUCGGUCGUCUAGAAUCUCGAGGUCUCGUAGAAUUGCUGCGACGAGAGAAUGGUGUUGCCGAUGAUGCUGUCUCCAUCUCGUAUGAUAUCGCUCAGGAACUCAACUCUGUCUGUUCACAGCUAGUCCUCUCGGGUGAUCGACUCAAUGAGAUGAGAAAAGAGAACGGUCGACUAAGAGAGGAUAUAAAUUAUCUUCGUGAGAAACUGAAGAAGAGCCGAAACAUGGAGGAGAAGAUCCGCUGUCUUGCGGAGAAUUCAAAGUAUCUGGAAUCGGAAUUGGAGCGAAUGCUGCAUAAACAAAGUCUUUCAAGUAGAGACGAGCAACAAAUUCGGAACGAACAUAAGAAGAUUUCUCUUACGUCCAGACCUACAAUUGAAGACGCAGUGGAUACAGAUGAUGACAGUGUGGCCUACACAGAUUUGAGUCAGAUCUCUUCCCGACCUCCCUACUCGCCCCCUCAUUCUUCAGACAAUCGUCAAGGCAUCGGGGCACAUCACAGUCCCUCCUCAUCAGAGAGACAGCAGAAGCGGCAGACUAAUGGUGGAGGACAACGUUGCCGUGGUUUUCAGGCCGCUACUUCCUCUCCGCCUCCAUCCCACACUCGCUCUGCCUCAUCUGUUCGAGAAGAUUCGGAACCGCCUCCGACAUAUCCCAAUGGUCCUGGAAAUCAAUCCUCUGCUGAUGCACCUGAGCGACCAGAAGAUAUGUACUCAAGAUUAGCCGAACUUCGAAGGCGUAAUGAACUUCAGCCCUUCCAUCUUCGAACAAAUUAUCCCAUAGAGACCCAGCUGCAGAGUCCCAACCAACUCUUCACCCUACUACAAACAGUUCAUAAAAAUGGCAUAGAAAGGCAACAACAACAGUGCUCCCAUUCAUCUAUGGAAUCACCGGCCCCUGCUGGGUUCACUUUGCCUCCUAAAGGUCUCCAAUCGAUUUCUGAGGUUCUUCUUACGGGGUCUAAAGGGAUUGUUGGUGCCGAAAAACUGGAUCUCACUUCAACGCGCUCUCGUACGACUGAUUCCACUUUCGAACCAAUUACUAAAGAUACCGCUCCGUUUCGACGUUCAAACCCGCCUCUGAAAAAGGAAGCCCUCGCUUUUGAGGUGAAUCUCAGUCCACCUAGACGACACCGAAAGGCCCUACCUCCCUCUCUGUCUCAACGAAGUGUCGCAAGGUCUGACGACACCUCGAAACCCGGUGUCCGUUCUGCUGUCUUUAGAGGUUCUUCAUCAAAUCCCCCUUCUAUGACCUCUUCCAAAGCACGAACAAAGGGUUGGGCAACUCCAGCAGCUGUUGCAGCCUCGAAUUCCCGUCGGCCAUUGAAUGAUACAGCAGGAAAAGCAAAUCGAGGCUCCCCUUCCUCUCUGCUUCGCCGCUAUGUGUUUAACAACUACAUGUAUAUUAUGGCUGAUACGGACCCCACUGUAAUAAAGAAGACCCAGGAUCUUCUAGGAAAGCUGAUAAAGAAACCUAUCUUAACAGUUAAGCUGCUAUCCCGGCCACCUUUUCGAUUUAUUCAUGACAUAUGCACAUCGCUCACACAAUCAACCGGAAUUAUGAAGGGCCUUUUUACACCAAAUGAAACUAAUGCUGAGUUCAUUAAAGAUAAAGACGUCAAAAAAGCCUACCUUAGAAAGGUCAUUGAUUUUGUGACCGUGGCUAAUAAUGCUGCUCCAAAUGUAAAAAUCAGCAGCAUUAUCUCUGGCAAAGAUGCCGAACGCACCAAUAUACUAUUGCAACUGCUUGCUGAAAUCGCAAAUAAGGGUAUCGACAAUGCAGAUUGUGUUAAUAAGGCAUUAAGGGUAAACAAGGAUAGUUCUAAUAUUAAACCUGAAGCGAGUGAAAAUAGAAGGGAGUUAUCUUCUCAAAUUCCUGCUUCAACAAAGCUACCUUCAAUGAGAUCAGAAUCUGAAACUCGCAAAAUUUCUUUCAGUAGAACUCGUUCUAAUGAUAGAAUUCCUAAAAAACCCCAAGGAAAGCCGAACAUGAAGUCUUUAGGUGGCGCUCUCGAUCACUCGCACAUUGCCAGACCUUAUUCAGCUCAAGAGUUUAUGAAAUCUCAAAGUGAAUGUGUAACUGUAACAGAGAUGUUUGCUAAGACUGAGGAGUUAAGUGAGACUGGGAGCAAGCAAGCCAAUAAAAUUGACGAUCAAGAAAAGGAAGAGAUAGAAAUGAGAAAAUCGAAAGAUGUUCUUCAAGAAGUUAUCGCUUACGCCUUGCCAAUCAAUAAACUCAUGUUUCUAAUGACAGAAGAAUUCGAAAACAUGCAAUCUGAAUACAAGGAGUUAAAAGAAUUAAAUGCAAAAUUAAGGGAGGAAUUUCGAAAAUUUGAAGGAGAAUUUGAUUCUAAAAGUAAACAACUGAAUGACGAAUUAAUGGAAAUAGAAGAAAGAAAAGAGGCUUAUAAGAAGGCAAUAGUUUCAAGCAGGAAAAAGACAAAAUUACCAAUCACUGAAUAUGUGGAUCCCGAGGAAAGAUUCUGUUACGGAAUAACUUCUGAAAACGAAGACGCUUCUGGAGGUAGUAAACAUCAGUUUGUUAUUCUUAGUUUAAAAUCUGAAAAUUCAUCACCCGCACACACAGAACCCGGCAUUGUUGGCAAGACCGGACAUUUGAUUGGCGCUUUGGGAUCAGGUCUCAUUUCGGGUGCCACUGGCGCUGUCUCUCUUGGAGCAAGUGUGGUCUGCACUGGCGUUUCUGUUGGCACUAACGUGGUGUCUGGAGCCUUUAACUAUAUCCACUUUCCCCGUUUCGGAUCUACAGCUCAAACGAACACUGCAAUCCCUUCUGAUUUGCCAACAUCAAUGGAAUCUAAUGAAGAUACUGCCCCACUUCCCCCCAAAAUGGGUGGAAUUCUUUCAAGAGUGCCACUUUUAAGGGGCCCUUUAAAGGACAAAGCGGAUUAA